ACGUACUAAACACUUUGGAGAAACGUCCCAAAUUUUCCUUCUUCAUUCCCCCCAACCGACCUCCAAAAAACCAUAGCCGCCGUUGAAACAGCGGCUUGUGACGGCGCUGCUGAACUCAUGCCGAAACGUUACCGUCCUCCGCCUCCACCACCUCCUCAACUACAACCACGGCCUUUAUACAAGCAGCGUUCGUGGUCUCCCGACGUGGAACGAGACGAGGCGUGGCUGAGACGGAAGGAAAGCCACGGCCACAGCCACGGCCACAGCCACGGCCUCCGCCGAUCUCAGAGCUUCUCAAACGAUGAUUUGGAAGAGCUCAAAGGCUGCAUCGAGUUAGGUUUCGGUUUCGAACCCGACUCGCCUGAAUUGGAUCCGAAGUUAUCCGAUACUUUACCCGCUCUGCCGUUCUACUGUGCCGUCAACCGUCAGUACAGCUGUAGAUUGUCGAGGACUUCGUCGGCAUCUUCGAUAGGAUCUUUCAGUGACGCUGGCAGCACAAACACCAUAAUUGAUCAAGGCGAUGAUCCUCAAACGGUAAAGACUAGGUUGCGACAAUGGGCGCAGGUGGUGGCUUGCUCGGUGCAGCAAAUUUCAGGGAAUCCAAAUUGAUUUGCCGUUGGAGGUUUUCUUGUAUAAAAAGGAUAAUGGAAUUUGAUGUAAUUAAUUACAUUUUCAUUUAGGUUUAUAUAAUUUAUGAAUUUCAAUUUUUUUUUUGUAAUAUAUGAUUUUCAUUCCAUUGUAAUAUAAAUUUUGAUCAUUGCUUUUUGUGGUUUUGGACAA